GUCCCAUCUGCAGUGUCUGUGUGGUGAAUUUCGGGGCUCGGCCCGUCACCGUCUUCAGCGGCGUGAUGGUGGCGGGGGGGUUGAUGCUCAGCGCCUUCGCUCCCAACGUCCCCUUCCUCAUCUUCUCCUUCGGCAUCGUGGUCGGUGUCGGUGUGGGUCUGCUGUACACCGCCACCCUCACCAUCACCUGUGUGUACUUUGAGAAGAAGAGAGGCCUGGCGCUGGGGAUAGUGACCACAGGUACGAGUGUGGGUGGCUUCCUGUACUCGGCGCUGCAGAGCGAGCUCAUCGAGCGGUUUGGUCUGGACGGCUGCCUGCUCGUCGUCGGAGCGCUGGCGCUCAACGUGGUGGCGUGUGCCGGCCCCAUGCGACCGUUAACCCCGCCCAAAUACUACCUCAAACAGCGUGCCGCCAUCUUAGAGCGGCGGCUUCAAGAAGAGGAAGAAAAGCCUUCAGCCAAAGAUCCAGUUAUCGCCAUGGAAACCAGGGAGCCGUUGGUCAGGGGGAGGAGCUUAUUCAGCGGUUCGGCCUUCGUCAGGAUGAUUAAGAUGAAGAUGGGGCGUUAUUCUCAAUGUUUGUCCUCCAUGUUGUCUGUCCUUCAGGACAGAGUCCUCAUGGCGCUCUGCGUCUCUCUCUUCCUCUUCAGUGUCGGUAACUUCCCCCCUCAGAUCUUCCUGGAGGACCUGGCUCGGAGCUCCGGGAUGACGGAGGGCGUCGCCUCCAUCUCUCUGGUCUCCCUCAACGCCAUCGGGGCCGGUGUGGGUAAACUGGGGCUGGGUGUCAUGGCCGACGUGCCGUGGGUUGACAGCGUCCUCCUGUACGCUCUGACGGUGGGAGUCGGUGGGUUGGGAGUUCUGCUCAUCCCCCUCGCCAGCUCAUACCUGGACCUCCAGGUGCUGUCGGUGGUCCUGGGCUUCCUGAGCGGGAACUGGACUCUGAUACCGUACGUCACCAGUCAGGUGGUCGGCGUGGAGAAGCUCGCCGAGGCUCACGGGAUCCUCAUGUUCUUCGGAGGCGCCGGCCUCACGCUGGGUCCUCCUGUCGUAGGUUGUUUCUACGACUUCACUCAGUCAUACAACGUCGCCUUCUACCUUAGCGGCGGCUGCAUGACGGUCGGCAGCGUCGUCCUCUUCCUCGUCGCUGUCCUACCACGAACAGAUACUCCUCCUCUUCCUCCUCCUCCUCCUGACACCGAGCUCAUCAGCUGCACCGUUACCACGCCAACAGACGCUACCUCACCUGACACCUGAACAAAUCUGGACCCUGAUCCGGACUUAAUGUUUACAGGAAGGAAUUUUUUACUGGAUUUUUACUGAAAGAAUAAAACUAGAACAGAGUCUGAUUGGUCCUCUCAGUGGACGCUUCCACAGGUCUGGAAAAUACUUGAAAGUGCUUGAAUUGAUCAGAAUCUCUGAGUUUGACCAACCAACAGUCGAGUUUCAAACAAAUACGCAGCCGAUCUGAGGGGUACAAUGCAAUUAAAAUGGAGAUUAUUUCCAGGAUAUUUGGUCAUUUUAGUCAAUUUCCAGGUUUCCAGCUGUAUGAAGCUCUGUGACUGCGAACGGACGCAGUUAGGUGCCAAAUAAGGAGAAACCAGAGUGAGUGGAAGUGAUUUAUAUCAGUGUGAGCUGACUGACAAUCAGAACGAAAGAACAGUGCUCAGAAAACCUUGGUGAGACUACAGAUAUUUAAUGUCGCCACAGAGAGAAAAAUAAAUAUACACAUUUUCACUAAUUAUUAUAAAGUGUGACCGAACUUUAUCUUUAGCGCUCAGUAGCAUUUCGAGCACUCAGUGUAGUAAAACGUGACCACAAUCAAUAUUUUUUCUCCGCCACAAUAAAACAAUUAAGUAAUAUUUUUGGCGGCUUUAAAAGCGGCCUCAUGUUUGUGAAAUUAAAGGUUGAAACGUUUCUGAGGUCGUUUGGUGCUAAUUAAAAGAAAAUUCUGGUUUAUAUACAGUUUGAUUUUAGUCUUG